GCCGCGCGCGCGUUCGUGAGGAAUAUUCAAGAACAGCCAAAAGAACACAAAAAAGCGAAGCAUAAAAACACACGCUAAAAAUAUAUCCUUUGGUUUAAUCUGAGAGGCAGAUCGAAAUCAUGCUGCAUCCCCGUUGCCUGCUCUCGUUCCUGGGACUAUGCCUGGUGAUCAGUCUGGGCUUAAACUGCGAUGCUAGAGCGGUGAACGUGAGCAACACCUGGACAAUGCCGCAGGAGGGCCUGAACGUCUUCUAUCGCUUCUUCCGCGAUCGCAUCUCCUGGUUCGAGGCCGAUGCCGUGUGCCAGUUCCAUCAUGCCAAUCUGGUGACAGUCGACAACAGUUUUCAAUUCGAUGCAACGCGCGACCUGCUGAGGGAAUUGGAUGUGAACGACAUCGUUUGGAUUGGUCUCAUGCGACCGCAGAACUCGGAUCGUUUUAUGUGGUCGAACUCACGUCCCUUGGUGGCGGACACUGGCUACUGGGCCGAGUCGCUGCCCCUGAUGGAUGCUCCCCUCUGCGCCGUAAUCGAUCCCAUCCGUGACUACCGCUGGCAUGCCCUUCGGUGCGGCGGUCCCGAAACCGCCUCCUUCCUCUGCGAAAUGCCAGUGCCCAGCUGGGCGGAUGCCUGCAUCCUAAAGGACAUGCCCAACCUGACCAUGCAGUACAUGGCGGACACGGCCAGCAUUGAGCUGAUUCGCAACUGCCAGGAGGAGGGAUUGCUGCGACACACAUGCAAGGGCAAGGAGGAUCGUGAACGCGCCAUUGGCCAGCUGAUCUGCCCCAAGGAGCGCCUGGAGGCCCAGCGCAUCACGGACAUCACCAACUCGCACUUCAAGUCGCUGCAGAUCAUCAAGAAUAUUCGCACGGACAACAACGAGAACAAUGACAUCGAUUUGCUUCCCAACUAUGGAUCUCGUAUGGCCAUCAACAUUCAGGUGGCGCCGCCAGCUCAGCGAGUGUCCUCGGUUCCCGGGCUAGGGGAACUGAUGCAGUCGGAUGCCCCCGGCACCGUCUCCAUGUCGGGUCUGUAUAGGAUACCGGACCUGGUGCCCAAGCCAGUGAAGAAGGCGGCCAAGAAGGUGAUUGUUCCGGAUUUCGCAAAGAAGUUGCAGAGUCACCAGCAACAUCAGCAGCAGCAACAGCAGCAGCAGCAAAAGUCCAGGAAGACUGCGGCUCACCAGCAGCAGGAGCAGGAGGAGAAGGAGAAGGUGCUCAAGGAGCAGAAGGAGGAGAUGAUGAUGGGUGACCAGCCGGCUCUUAGCGAGGAGCAACUACCGCCGGGCAUGGCUUUUGGUAUGGGUUUGCCUCUCAACGAGGAUGAGGAUAGCAACAGUGAUGCCUCCAAUGAGAUAUUCGAGCACUUGCCGCACAAGAAGAAGAUCUUGCCGCAGGAUCUGCGCACCAUGUCGCCCAUUUUGGAGGCCAAAUUAACACCAACAACAACAGCUAAAAUUUCAACAACAGAAGCACCAACAACAGCAACUGAUGCACCGAUAAUUACCACACCGAAAGCUAUAGACACCACACGCUCUCAACCAGAGACAAGCACAACACCAACAAAGGAGCCAAUUACAACAACAGCCAGGGCAGCGAAGACAGAGCCAGAGCCAUCAACAACAACAACAGCAACAACCACGAGCACAGAGAAGCCCAAGCAAGCAAGCGCUGCCACAACGACGACGACGACGGUGAAGCCACAACAAUCAACGGCAACGACAACGGAAAAAUCACUAGAGUCAACAACAACAACAGUUAAAUUUGAACAAACAACAACAACAGAAAAACUACACCACUCAACAACAACAACAGAAAAACUACAGCAACCGACAACAACAACAACAACGGGAAAACCCCAAGAAUCUACAUCGACAACAAAAAAACCAAAACAAUCAACAAUAACAUCAACAGCAGCAGCAACUUCACCAAUAACAACAACAAAUGCGACACCAACCCUGGCAACCACAGCUGGAAUUGCAGUUACAAGCCAACGAAACGAAGCCAAUGGCAACAUGGCCCAUCCCAUACAUCCCUCGCAGCAGCAACAGCAGCAUCACCAGCAGCAGCAGCAGCAACUGUUCGAGUUGCAGCAGCAGCAACAGCAGCAUGCAACGCAUGUCAACGAGUCCGCAGACAAUACCCGCUUCAUACCGCCAAUGUUGCUGGUAAAGUCGCACUAUGUGCCGCCCUCGAAGCAUGCCAGCGUUGAGCAUGCAACAAUUACCACCACUCCGGCGGCAGCAACGACAGUUAAGCAGGCGGAAGCAGAGCCGUCAACAGUCACGUCAUCGAAGGGAGUGACAGCAGCCACACCAGCAGUAACUGCAGCAGCAGCAGCAUCAAGCGUGAUAGCGACAACAGGUACAACAGCAGCAACCACAGGCGAUGGGGCCAAGACAAGCGUGAAAACAGCUGAGGAGACCACAGCAGUAGCUCCAGGAGGAGCCAGUGAAGCGCCAGCAACAGCCGCAGCUAAUGAAAUCAAAUCGAAUGCCACACCAGCAACAGCAGCAGCAUCAACAACAACUGCAAUUCCCGAGAAGCAGGCCAGGAAGAAGGAGGACGAAGGAGACUCCGCGGUGGAGACUGCUUCCGAGGAGGGUGAGCCACCGGAACAGGAGGAGGCAGCCACCACGCGACACAACUUCCUGGAGGAAACUGAGGCGCCAUUCAAGCCGAAUCGACGACGCUCGCUAACCAAGCCGGAAACAGUUAGCUACUUCAAGAAGAUCCUGGGCUAGAUACCACCCCCAAGGACGAGGAGCAGCAGCAGCAGCAGCAGUAGCAAUCCGCACUAGUAACCGUAAUCGUAAUCGUAACAGUAACCACUGUUAACCCAUAACAACAGCCACACAGAGAGAAAAAAAAAGAAAGAAAAGAUGGUAGGAAGUAAGUUCAGCACACAGAGAGAGAGAGCUCCUCCCGAACUUGGCACGUAAUUGGUUGAGAAUCAGAGAGAAACCCAAACCCAAACCGAAACCCAUUCCAGGCCAUUUCCUUAUUCCCAUUUCCCCAACCCAAAAACCCGCAUCCUCCGCAUCCUCAUCCACACAUUCCGGCCAAAGUUUUGUUGGUAAGAGAAAACUAAACUCAAUGCCGCGUCCCCUGCUUCCUCUGGGCUUGUGUUGUCUCCGGCAGAAAUGCCGGAAAUCCAAGCUGUUAGUCAACGCCAGACGGAAACGCAAAGAAAACUCAACUCAACUAGACUCGACUCCACUUGCCAGAGUACCGAAUAUGUCAAUUUUUCACCGGAGAAAAAGAAAAUGAAAAUAAAACCAAAGACAAACACACACAGGAGGCACAGAUACAUUUGCAGAUGGCACAAGAAGGCAGGUGGGCACUGAGAAAAAUAAUUGGGAAAUUUCUUACUAAAACAAGAAAUAAUAUUGGGCAAGUUAAGGUUGGAUUUCUUUAAAUGAUAUUUAAAUAUACUUAAAA